UGUUUUCAAAAGGUUGACAACUUGAGACAAUGGCGUAGGAUUCAAUUUUGCACCACAUUUAGGUAUUGCAAAAAGUAAAACAAAUAGAAAAUGCAGUCUAUUUACCGAAAGAUUGUAAAGCCGUUUUCUGAGAACUAAAUUCACCGCUUAUUGCAGAUGUUUAGGAGAAGAGGAAAGAUGGGAGGCCAAUUUCGUAAUUCUACGUGGGACCCCAUCCUAAUUUCAUCGCAGAUUUUCGCACUUCAGUUCGUUCUCUACAGCACCCUUGGACUGUGGAAUGCGUUGACGACGGCCUUGGUGGGGUCUUCCAGGUCGCUGGACUUGCUUUUCAGCUACCAGAUGAUCCACGUCCGCGAUAAUUCCGGCCAACUUGUCAUCACUUCUUUUGUUCUGAACUCCCUCACCGGAGCAUUGGCGUUGUGGUUCAUUGUGCAAAGGACGAAGCAGUGUCUCGACUUUUCGGCCACUGCCCACCUUGUGCAUCUCUUGGUUUGCUGGAGCUACAACGGCUACUUCCCAGUGUCCAUGUCGUGGUGGGUUUUGAACACUGUGUGCCUUGCGAUCAUGUGCGUGUGUGGGGAGUUUCUGUGCAUGAGGACGGAGCUUAAAUCCAUUCCACUUAAUAUGGGACCAAAAGCGGAUCUCUGAUUAACUAAUAGUUGUAUUUUUCCCUUAAGAUUUAAUUUAUAUUGUUUUAUUUAAAUUGGAUUGUAAUCUGAUUAUGUAAUUAUUUUUAUCUGUUUCCAUUUUAUUUAAUUAUUAUAUUUAUUGUCAAAGAUAAUAUAAAAAGAUUUAACAACA